CAGCAUCAGCCCCACCACGCCCCGCCCCGCCCCGCCUCGGCACGCCCGGCGCGGCUGGUGCUCCGCCGGCCCCCGCCGCGCGACCGGCGCUCAGUCACCCCCGCUUCCACCGUCGCUGCACACGACGAUCCGUGCAACGAUGUCGACCCGCCCAGAAUACCGAGUGCCCAAGAUGAGAUGGACCGCGGAGGAGGCACGGAAGAGCAUCGACGACUACAAACCGGAGACCAUCGAAGCGUUGCAAAAAUGGCUGCAGGAGAACCCGCACUACCCGCCAACUUCAGAGGAAAGCCUGAUCCUGUUCGCUCACAGCUGCUACUACGAUGUCGAGAAGACGAAGGCCUGCAUUGACUCGUGCUACAACCUGAAAUCCGCCACACCCGAGUUCUUCCAGAAGCGCGAUGUAGACAAGUACGCUGAGGUUCGACACAUCCUAGGCGUCACAGACAACGCAGUAUUCCCGACGAUGACGCCUUCUGGCUACCAAAUCAUAUUUCAUCGACUCUCGCAAUACGAGCCCAGCAAGUACGUCUUUGCCGACGGCGUGAAAGUGCUGAAUAUGACUAUGGAGUCAGCACGAUGCCUCACCGGCCCAGCUAAGGGCUACUUCAUCCUGUUCGACAUGACCGGCGUCAAGCUGGGUCACCUCACUAGGCUCAACCUGGGACUGCUCAAGAAGUUCUUCAUGUUUAUUCAGGAAGCGAAUCCCGUACGUCUGAAAGGAAUUCACGUGAUCAACACCAUGCCAAUCGUCGACAAAAUCAUGUUCCUCAUAAAACCUUUUAUGAAGAAGGAACUGCAUAGCAUCCUACACUUUUACUCAUCAUCCGAAAUGGAGAAGCUGUACGAGGUCAUACCCAAGGAGUGCCUACCUUCAGACUUUGGGGGAUCGCUAGGAAAGACGGUGGCUGAACUUCACGCUCGAAACACGGAGGUGCUGAAGGACCUGAAGGACAUUUGGAAUGACGACGAGACGUUGGUAAUCGACGAGAGCAAACGGCCCAGUAAGAAGGGCAAGAAGGCGCGGGAGGACGCCAUGCCGGACAUCAGGAAGCUGGAUCUCGACUGACCCUUAUAAACAAAGCAAUAAUUGAACGACAGAACACAGUGGUUCUAUCGUCGACCAGGAGAAAAACCAUUUGAUGUGCGAAAACCUUGUAAAAAUAAUUACUAUAUGUACCUGUAAAAAUAAGUCAGCCUUGAUGCUUAAUUAUGUGUAGUCUAUUUGAAAAUAUAAAUAUAUUACGUCGGAAA